CUCUCUCUCUCUCACUCUCUCUCUCUCUCUCUCUCUCUAACUUUGAACAAGUAGCAGAUUAGUAAUCGAUUCCCUCUCAUCGCCUUCGGCAUCAUCAUCACCUCCCUCGCUCUUUUAUUUAUUAAUACCAAAAGCCAAGCGUUUUCCCCUUGUGUUAACACCUCUCCCCUCCCCUCCACCAAGAUAUUAUAUGCCUCUCUUUAUCUCUUCUCUCCCGUUAAUACCUCACGCAGAUUCAGGUUUUAUUUCCAGCCAGACAAAGACAGAGACCCACCCAUAUAGCUGUUUUUUUUGAAUUACCAGUACUACCACAUCUUCUCCUUCUCCUCCUCCUCUCUUUGUUCUUGAUUUCGAUUAUCUGAUCGGACGGUCACGAUCUUGUUUAUAUUCUACUGCAAAGUCGUACGGCCAGGGAUCUUUCUUUUUGUCAGCCAUUAUUUUCUUACCGAGCAAGUUGCAUCUCCUAAGCUCUGGCGAUCAUGGAGCUGAAUGGUCUAAAGAAAGAGAGGAGAACGGACCAUCUUAAUCAAACAAAUGGUGAUCUGGCAUUAGCAAGUGUUGGUGCUGUAGAUCCCUGGACUGCAUGGGCAUAUAAGCCUCGUACUAUUUCGUUGUUACUUAUUGGUGCUUGCUUUCUAAUAUGGGCAAGUGGAGCCCUUGAUCCAGAGAUCAGCACAUCUGGUGAUGUUGUUACAUCUGUGAAAAGGGGUGUAUGGGCAAUGAUUGCAGUUUUUCUUGGUUAUUGCUUGCUACAGGCCCCCUCGACGAUUCUAAUAAGGCCGCAUCCAGCAAUUUGGCGCUUGGUUCAUGGAUUGGCUAUUGUUUAUCUUGUUGCCCUAACAUUUUUGCUUUUUCAGAAGCGUGAUGAUGCUCGGCAAUUUAUGAAGUUUCUCCACCCUGACCUUGGAGUUGAACUACCUGAAAGAUCAUAUGGUGCUGAUUGCCGCUUUUAUGUGCCUGAAAAUCCUACAAGCAGGUUUAAGAAUGUUUGGGACACUCUUUUUGAUGAAUUUGUUCUAGCGCAUAUCUUUGGAUGGUGGGGCAAGGCUAUUUUAAUCCGUAAUCAGCCACUUCUGUGGGUAUUGUCAAUUGGAUUUGAGCUGAUGGAGUUUACCUUCCGCCACAUGCUACCAAACUUCAAUGAGUGCUGGUGGGACAGUAUCGUUCUCGAUAUUUUGAUAUGCAAUUGGUUUGGCAUUUGGGCCGGAAUGCAUACAGUCAGGUAUUUUGAUGGAAAAACAUAUGAGUGGGUUGGUAUAAGUCGCCAACCUAAUAUUAUGGGCAGGGUCAAACGAACAUUGGGACAAUUUACACCAGCACAAUGGGACAAAGAUGAAUGGCAUCCCUUGCUUGGUCCAUGGCGAUUUAUCCAAGUUCUUACUCUCUGUAUUGUCUUCCUGAUGGUAGAGCUUAACACAUUCUUUUUGAAGUUUUGUCUUUGGGUUCCUCCUCGAAACCCGAUGAUAGUGUACAGGUUGAUCUUGUGGUGGCUAAUUGCGAUACCUACAACACGUGAAUACAAUUCAUAUCUCCAAGACCGAAAACCCGUGAAAAAGGUUGGGGCUUUUUGCUGGCUUUCCCUUGCUAUUUGCAUCGUGGAACUUCUCAUUUGCAUCAAGUUUGGACAUGGUCUUUAUCCUAAACCAAUGCCUGUGUGGUUGGCCAUCUUCUGGACAUCUGUUGGAGUUGGCCUCGUAAUAUUCCUGAUUAUGUGGUCAUGGAAAAGUUUGGGAAGGAAGAGACGAUGAUUUCGCUAGCAUGUUACACUAUUCUUUUAUUCCUUCAUGUUCUUAUCGGUAUAUCCAUCUUGUGAAUACCCUAUCACUUCAUGGAAUUGUAAAUGCUUAUUCUCUUAGGUUAGUGGAUCUCAGUUCUCAAUAGAGUAUUCAAUUAUUUUA